GUGUAGUGUGUACUGUGUUGUUGCUGCAGAAAAACGAAAACUUGCUGACCCAUGCGAUGGCGUCGACCGGUGCAGUGAAGGAUGCAACUAAGUAUUUGGCCACUCAGCAGGCCGAAUCUCCUGCCGAAUUGGCCGCCGAAUGGGCUAAACUCGAAGAGCUUUACAACAAAAAGCUAUGGCAUCAGAUCACCUUGAAGUUGGGUAUUUUCGUCAAGCAUCCAGCUCUUCUCACUGGAGACAAGCUGAUUCAACUCUACAACAAUUUCAUCCAAGUUUUUGAGAAUAAAAUCAAUCCUCUUGCAUUGGUUGAAAUUAUCGCCAUUGUGGUGCAACAGUAUGAAAACCCGAAAGAUGCGAUUGCAUUUCUUGAACAGACUGAGCCAAAAGUGAAGUCUUGUACCGAAGCUGUGUCCCUGUGCAAGGUUCUAGCUGGUAGUCUAAUGCUGAAUAAACUGCAAGACCAAUCAGGCACUAAGAAAGUUAUUGACGAUGUGGGAAAACUGUUGGGUGAUGAAGACGGGGUCACUCCUGUUCACGGACGCUACUAUCAGCUGGCUAGUGACCUUUACAGGCUGCAGAGCAACUACGCCGAGUACUACAGGGCCUCCCUGAGGUACCUGGGUUGCUCUGACUUGAGCACAAUCACAAGCGAGGACAAAAUCAACAUUGCAGCAUUCCUUGGCCUUGCAGCUCUUCUUGGUGAAGGCGUUUACAACUUUGGAGAACUGCUGGCCCAUCCUGUUCUUGAGUCACUAGAAGGAACACCAGCCGUGUGGAUCAAGCAUUUGCUGCUAGCCUUUAACCAAGGAGACAUUGCCAAAUUUGAACAAAUGAGACCCCACUGGGAGUCAAUGGGCGACCUUGUAGCGCAUGAGAAGCAGCUGCGGGAGAAAAUUACUCUCCUGUGCUUGAUGGAGAUGACGUUCAAACGCCCUUCAAACAACCGCAUCCUCACUUUCGCUGAAAUCGCCAAGGAAACCCAGCUGCCAGUAACAGAUGUUGAGUUUUUGGUCAUGAAGGCGCUGUCCCUAGGAUUGGUCAGAGGAGCGAUUGACCAGGUGGCUCAGAAUGUGCAGAUGACGUGGGUACAGCCACGAGUUCUUGAUAAAAAUCAGAUCAAUGGAAUGAUUCAGCGUCUGAAUGCGUGGUGCAAUGAUGUUAAGUUGAUGGAAAAUUUGAUGGAAGAGAAGGCUCACGAAAUUCUCACCCUUUAGUCUUACUGUAAUAUCUCACACGAUUUUGUUUCACUUAUUCUUGUAAGUUACAAAAUAAACUGUAAAAUUUAA